AUGGGGUCAACCCUAUUGACCCCUCUUUCAAAUUUGAUUGGCCUACCAAUUGAUCAGGUGAACUUUAUUGUAUGUCAGCUGGUGGCCUUAUUAUUAGGAAUACCUUUCCGAAAAGUCUUGUCUCCUCGGAAGACUAGUCCUACAGUCCGGCACAUUGUCGAGUUUAAGUUCCUCUCUCUGUUUCUCUCUCUCUCUGUCUCUCUCUCUCUCUCUUGCGUACCUGGAACUGGUUUCUCACUCUCUCUUUCUCACUCUCUCUUUCUCACUCUCUCUUUCUCACUCUCUCUUUCUCACUCUCUCUCUUUCUCACUCUCUCUCUUUCUCACUCUCUCUCUUUCUCACUCUCUCUCUUUCUCACUCUCUCUCUUUCUCACUCUCUCUCUUUCUCACUCUCUCUCUUUCUCACUCUCUCUCUUUCUCUCUCUUUCUCACUCCUCUCUCUCUUUCUCUCUCUUUCUCACUCCUCUCUCUCUUUCUCACUCUCUCUCUUUCUCUCUCUUUCUCACUCCUCUCUCUCUCUCACUCCUCUCUCUCUUCCUCUCUCUCUUUCUCUCUCUCUUUCUCACUCCUCUCUCUCUUUUCUCACUCUCUCUUUCUCUCUCUCUCUCUCUUCUCACUCUCUCUCUUUCUCUCUUUCUCUCUCUCUUUCUCACUCUCUCUCACUCUCUCUCUCUCUCUUUCUCUGUCUCACUCUCUCUCUCUUUCUCUGUCUCUCUCUCUCUCUCUGUCUCACUCUCUCUCUCUUUCUCUGUCUCACUCUCACUCUUUCUCUCUCUCUGUCUCUCUCACACACACUAG